UUCAAGACUGGAAGCAGCCAGAAAGAUCGUCUUACAAUGUGGAAUGAAAGGAAGCCGAUAUCUGUAGAAGAGAGACUCAAUUUUGAAGGGCCUGCCAUCCAAGACCAAACCAAAGAAAACUUGGUUUACAACUCAUCCCUUUCAACUUCGAAUCUCAAAGAGCCAUCUACAGUGGAAAAUAAGGAUGACAACAUGGAGGGAAUGAAGUCUGGAAAGUUGCUAACAGAGGAUCGAGGAUUAAGACUAAAGGAAAGUGAGAAAUGUUAUUCUCUGGUAAUCUCAGAUGCUGGGGUGAAUGAUGGGAAUCCAGAGGCUGGUGAUAAUGCCCAGGUUGAGGAAGCUCGGAAAAAUCAUGAUGUGAGACUUGCAACUGAGUUUUCGAUAGCUGAGAAACUUCAAGAUUUAGAUGAAAUGGUUUUGCGAAAAUGUGGGACCAUUCCCAGGGUUGUCUAGUGUGCUUUCUGCCAGUCAUCAGAAUGCUCAGAGGCUUCAGGAGAGAUGGUCCACUACAGUAAUGGUGAGCCUGUUCCUGCAGAUUACAAUGGAGGAUCUAGGAUCAUACAUUCACACAAGAAUUGCACUGAAUGGGCUCCUAACGUCUAUUUUGUGGAUCGUCAAGCUAUUAAUCUUGAAGCUGAAUUAGUCAGGAGUCGAAGAAUAAAAUGCUGUUGUUGUGGAAUCAAAGGGGCAGCUCUUGGAUGCUAUGAGAAAAGUUGUUGCAAGAGUUUUCAUGUUACUUGUGCCAUGAAGAUCCCGCAAUGUAGAUGGGAUACAGUUAAUUUCGUUCUAUUGUGCCCGCUUCACUUUUCUUCUAAAUUGCCUAUUGAAAUUCCCAGACCUCGAGAGAUACAGAGUUCUUCAAAAGAAGAGUAUGUUUACAAAUUUCAUUUACUGAAUUUUGAUAAACAUUAUGAGCCUGAUGAGAUGGCUUACACAUAA